UAUCACAUUUAAAAGAUGGAUGUUUUAAGUCUAGACAUUGAAAACUGGAGAACAAUUCUAGUAGCUGUUGUAAUAUUCAUGAUAACAUAUCUAACAACAAGACGGGACAAAAAUGUUCCACCAGGACCAAAUAGAUGGCCUAUAAUAGGAAACAUUGGAUCGUUAAUUGGCGGAGAUACACUUGACAGUCUUGGUAAACUACGUAGGAAAUAUGGAGAUAUAUUUGGAGUGUAUUUAGGGUCAGAAUUGACAAUAUUCCUCAACGGCUAUGAUACAAUACACGAAGCUUUAGUAAAACGGGGGACAGUUUUCUCUAAACGUCCGAAAAAUCAACUACGAGGAGAAAACCGUGUUGCUAUUGUGUUUGGGAACGGUCAGUCGUGGAAGGAACUUAGACAAUUUAUUUUACAAGCUUUCCGUGAGCUUUGUUUUCGGAAGACUGGCUUUACUUUAGAAGACAGAAUAAAUGAGGAAUUGACUUACUUCACAGAGAAACUGAGUAGUUUAAACUGCACGAAAGUAAAUCUAUCAUCGCUAAUGACAUUGAGUUUUGCAAAUAUCAUUUACGGUAUUAUACACGGACGUCGUGUCGGGUACGAAGAUAAAAAGUUCAUAUGGUAUCUCGACAAACUUGAUGAAGCAUUUAAACGUCAUCUUAAAACACAGACAUUAAAUGCUUGCUUUCCAUUUCUCUAUUACCUACCAGGAGAUAUACUCGGCUUACAAGUAAGAGACACUACUGCUAUUCUCAACAGCAAGUAUUUUGAGGAAAUUUGCAAACCUAACUAUGACAAUUAUAGAGCUGGGGAAAACAAUUGUUUUAUGGAUUAUUGCAUUGCAGCUGAGAAAACUAGUAAAACAUUCCAAAGAGAAAACGUGUGGGUUAUUCUGCAUGACCUGAUGGCUGCCGGUAGUGAAACAACUGCUACAACAUUGAAGUGGGUAAUUUUUGCUUUGACCAAAUACCCUGCAUUUAAAAAGAAAAUACAAAAUAAAAUAGAUGUAGUUCUUCCUCGAGACAAAACACCUUCCAUGUCAGACAAGGAGAAAUUACCGUACGUUGAAGCAACAAUCCUAGAAGCUCUGCGAUUCGGAAGCGUUGUUCCUCUUUCUGUACCGCAUGCCGUCCUACAUGAUACUGUAUUCCAAGGCUUCAAAAUACCAGCAGAUGCUACAAUAUUACCUAACAUAUACUCAGUUCAUUUUGAUCCAAAUAUAUUUCCAGAGCCUGAAGAAUUCAGACCUGAAAGAUUUCUAAACGAAAGUGAGACAUCAAUAACUGGGACUGAAAAACUUAUCCCGUUUUCACUCGGGCCAAGGUCAUGUCUCGGUGAGACUUUGGCCCGUAUGGAGCUAUUCAUGUAUGUGACAACAAUUGUACAAAAACUAGAUAUUCAAGCCCCAAGCGAUGAAGAAUUACCUUCGUUUAAGGGAAUAUUUGGACUGACGCGGCGUCCACAAGAUUACAAUGUGAACAUUCGCCCAAGGUCCUCAGCGUAAUGCUAGAGAUCAUAUCAUAUGAGUUUAAUGUUAUAGAACACUUUCCAGGUCAUACAAAAAACUAAUUCAAUGCAAACAAAUUUCGUGUAGUGACCUAUAAUGAACAGUUACUGUGUAUAUGUUAUUCGGUUAAUGGACACAAUAAUGUGUUAUAAGGCAGUUCAAGACGAGCAAUGAUAAAUACAUUUUAUAUUACCUUGUUAGCAUUUGUGAAUGUGUUGUCAAAGAUAUAAUAAAUGUAACACAAGUUAAUGAGUCGCAAUAUUUAGAGGCAGGCAAUGUAAACUAAUGUAUUAUCAGUUAUUUAAAUCGGUCUUAAGUAUAAUGUAUUAUGAAGUUAUACCAUUGUACUUGUGCGAGGAAACUUCAGACUGUGUUUCUUAAAUGGGAUACUACAUUAACAAUGUAUGAAAAUAUAAAGUUGAAGUUUUGAGCUGGGUUGUUAGAAUGUUCAUUUUCAUCGAUUUCUGUUACCGAGAGACUUUCUUGUUUUGAAGGAUGAAUGAAAAACUUAUAUUACCUAUAAUUGUUGUUAAAAAUAGCUAUGUUGCAAGAGUGUACCAUUUUUUUUUAUAAUUUUUGUGAAUGAAUACACAAAUUGUCACGUGCAAAAUAUAUAAGGUGUAGAUGCUUGGAGUUACAGCUUUGGACAACAUUUUUUUUAAUUCAUCCUGGUCCAAAUUUAAAGUCUUUCCAUUAAAAACAAGAUAGUUGGUGAAGUGGUUUCAAUAAUAUCCAUUACAGCUCAACUGCUACAAAAAUUCAAUUUUGCACAUAAACUUCAGGUUCAACAGUGUCCAUAAAUACCAGACAUAAUUUUUUUCUAUACAAAUACACUUUGCCACAGUGCAAUAAUGUCUAGUGAAGUCUUAAAUGAAAGACAAUGUGCUUAUAUAUUUACUGUUCAGAUACAAAGCACAUGACCUUGCAAACAAGUCAUGACAUUAAGAAUUUCUCCCAGCUUAGAAAAAUUGCAUAAUGUGUACACAUUUCCCUUUCAAUAUGAAAGAUAUACUAUGCUUAACUUUGAUUGAAAUAU